UGCGACCAAAAAGCCCAUUGCGCUGGUCCGAGAGGGGGCCACGACGACUCAGUGGCCUGGUCCACAGAGCCAGCCGAACUGCCCGUCCGCCUCCCGCGACGGCCGCCACACGCCGGGUGCCAGUGGUCACGCUCACGCCGACUCCCAGCUCCAGGGCGCCCUCAAACCAGCGCUGGCUGCCAUGCUGCCGCUCGCACACUCCGCCGGCUGCAGCCAUCUCCACCUCCCUCCCGCUCCGAGUCGAGCUUACCUUCCCAAUCGCCGCCGCGUCCGAUCCCUCGUCCGAGCGCGCCCUCCCAGCGCGGGGGCGUCCGGAACUGAAACCACCUCUACCACUAGCGGCAGCGUUAUGUCGUUCCUGUGCCCGCUCCUCAAACUCCUCGGGGGAGGCGAUCCUUCGCAGCAACGGAACGACGUUGUGGAGGUCACGACAUCUUCAAUUUCAAGUUUAUCCAGACUGCCAUGGGGAUCAAAAGUGGCUACUAGCAGCGGGGAGAACAUCGAUUCAGCAAUAAGCAUUCCAACUCUUCAACUGUAUGAGUUUGAGGCAUGUCCCUUCUGUAGGAGAGUUCGGGAGGCCAUGACCGAGCUUGACCUUUCUGCAGAGGUUUAUCCUUGUCCAAAAGGGUCGCUAAGGCACAGGGACAUAGUCAAGAAAAUUGGAGGGAAGGAGCAGUUUCCACUCCUUGUUGACGCCAGUACUGGUAUCUCAAUGUAUGAAAGUGGAGAUAUUGUGAAGUACCUGUUCAGGAACUAUGGACAAGGAAGGAGUCCUUCACCUGGUCUCCUUGAGAGUACGAUUUUCACAGGAUGGGUGCCCACUCUUCUCAGAGCUGGAAGAGGGAUGACACUGUGGGACAAAGCCGGUGCUGUACCUGCAGAGAAGCUGGAGCUCUUCUCGUACGAGAAUAAUCCCUGUGCAAGGAUAGUUCGAGAGGCUCUCUGUGAACUGGAGCUUCCUUAUGUUCUCCAGAACGUCGGAGAGGGAUCGUCGAGGACGGAUUUGCUUCUAAGGAAGUCGGGCUCUAAGCAGGUGCCAUAUCUGAUCGACCCUAACACUGGAUUCCAGUCGGGCGACCAUAAGAAGAUACUACCUUACUUAUUCCAGCAGUACCCAGUUAGUAGUAUCUAGCAGAAAAAGCAGACGUCCACAACUUUAACUGUGUAUGGUUUAUGUGAUCUUACAUAUGUAUCUGCGGGUACAGUGUUACCAGACGUGGUUUGUACGUAUACUUUGGCUGCUGCACUUGUGUUCC